CUAAAAGUCAUUAUCAGUCAAUUUGAAUCCUAAACAAAAUUUUCAAGUAGAAAAAACCUAUUUCAGGAAUUGAUAACAUAAAGAUGAAUUCAAUCGGAAUUUGUUCAGAUGUUCCCAAUCUUCACCAUCCGAUUUCCAUUUCGACCUCAGCAUCAGUAGAGCAACACAUUCUGAACUCAGUCGCGAAAGCAGGACACCUUCCCCCUAACCACCCACUCGGCAACAACAACAACCCCAAGCAACUGCUCCCGCUCUCACUGACCCCGCAACAACACAACAGUCUCUCGGCAGCAUCAGCAGCGUCGCCAGCGUCGAGUGAGGGCAGCGUUCCGACACCGUCCUGUUCUCCCGUCAAAAACAGUCCGCAAGGGCAAUCGCCGGUUAAACUUUCAUCGAACAACUCGGGUGGGGGUGGAGGAGGGGGAGGGGGAGGAGGGGGAGGGGGAGGAGGGACUGUGGUGCCCAAGCCGAAGCGACAUCGAACCCGAUUCACGCCGGCUCAGCUGAACGAGUUGGAGAGGUGUUUCAACAAGACACACUACCCGGACAUCUUCAUGCGAGAGGAACUGGCUAUGAGAAUUGCACUGACUGAAUCCAGAGUCCAGGUUUGGUUCCAAAACCGACGAGCCAAAUGGAAGAAACGGAAGAAGUGUUCGCCGAACGUGUUCCGAGGAGGCGCCCUUCUCACUCCCGGCUCACACCCCAUGGGCUUCGGACAGUUCGCGGCUUUCGGAGGUGACCCCUUCGUUUGCAGCUACAACCCUUUCGCCCCAGACCCCAGACAGUGGGGAUCGGCAGGAGGCGCCGCCACGACCCCUAACAACUCCAUGACUUCUUUCACGUUCCCGCCGACGUUCGGGAACCCGAGACAUUCGGGAAUCGGGACGGCUGGAAACUCAAUCAACCAGGCGGCGUUCGGGUUUGGAAUGGAAACUCAGCCGGGGAAUCUAGGCCUUCAAUCGGGACACUCACUGGCUCCAAAUAGUCCGACUUCGGUGACGUUUCCGGUUUUAAAUCAGCAGGCGCAGAGUUUCGCAAAUGCGAUGAUGUGCGCGAAUAAUGCGAAUGUAACAGCUAAUGGGAAUAUAAUCGAUGGUCCAGGGUCUGGAAUUCCACAACUGGGUUCCUCAAUUCCGAGUCCGAUUCCGGUCGGCGCUUCAAACGACCCUUCGGGUCUCAUGGCUCUACGGCGAAAAGCACUGGAGCAAACUGCGUCCAUGAAUUCUUUCAGCGCUCUUUCAAAUUGCGGUUUUGAUUUAAGAUGAACUGAAAAAUUGAUAGUAAGAAAACGAAAAAAACUCAGUGUCCAAAUCAAUUUUUAAAUUUUUGAUAAAUUGUACAUACAUAUAUUCUUAAUGUUUACAUAUUCUACAAGUCAACCCAAUGUUUUAUCAUUGUUUUCUCAUAUAAAUGUU